AUAAUAAUUCUCUACUUAAUACAUCAAGUCAAUUACUAUGUGUUAGUAUUUAAAAUAAAUUUUUUAUAAUGUGAGAUAAGAUUCUACGCAUAAUUUUGACAGCUAAAUAAAAAUCAUUAAAGAAAAAAACUCGUGACAGCUAGUGUGAGUCCUCAUUAACGACAUUGUAAUAGUCUCCUUCACUUUCUAUAUAUACUCUUCCCUCCCCACAGCUGCUCCUCUAUAUUCCUUCUCUUCAUUUCUCAAAUCUCUCUUUCAUCUUCUACUCUUUUUCUUUUUUUUUUUUUCAAUUUACUUUGCUCUUCUUCAACAAAACUUUUAAAUUUUUUUUCUUGAUUAUUGUUGUGCCACGACUUGUUCUUGUUUUGUGAUCAGCUAGGAAAAAUGGCUGGUGGUGGGGGUAUUGGACACGGCAACGGGAAAGAAUAUCCCGGAGAAUUAACUCUUUAUGUUACUGUUACUUGCAUUGUUGCUGCCAUGGGAGGUCUCAUCUUCGGUUAUGAUAUUGGAAUUUCCGGGGGUGUGACAUCGAUGGACUCAUUCUUGAGUAGAUUUUUCCCAUCUGUGUUUAGGAAGCAAAAGGCAGAUGAUUCAACGAAUCAGUACUGCAAAUUUGACAGCCAGACACUGACGAUGUUUACAUCGUCAUUGUACCUGGCUGCCCUUUUGUCUUCUCUGGUGGCAUCUACUGUCACCAGAAAGUUGGGAAGGAGACUCUCCAUGCUCUCUGGAGGUGUCCUUUUCUGUGCUGGAGCUUUGAUCAAUGGAUUUGCAAGGAAUGUUGCUAUGCUCAUUAUUGGUCGUAUUUUACUUGGUUUUGGUAUUGGAUUUGCCAAUCAGUCUGUUCCACUAUACCUAUCUGAAAUGGCACCAUACAAGUACAGAGGAGCACUCAACAUUGGAUUUCAACUGUCCAUUACAAUUGGUAUACUUGUAGCUAAUGUAUUGAACUAUUUCUUUGCCAAGAUUCAUUGGGGAUGGAGAUUGAGCUUAGGAGGUGCUAUGGUACCUGCACUGAUCAUCACAGUAGGCUCAUUGUUCCUCCCCGAGACGCCAAAUUCCAUGAUCGAACGUGGCAACCACGAAGAAGCCAAAGCUAGGCUCAUAAGGAUCAGGGGAAUUAAAGAUGUUGAUGAAGAGUUCAAUGAUUUGGUUAUGGCUAGUGAGGCCUCUAGGCAGAUUGAGCACCCUUGGAGGAACUUGUUGCAAAAGAAAUAUAGGCCUCACCUCGUUAUGGCAAUUAUGAUCCCAUUUUUCCAGCAACUUACUGGAAUCAAUGUGAUUAUGUUCUAUGCACCAGUGUUGUUCAAGACUAUUGGUUUUGGUGCUGAUGCUUCACUUAUGUCUGCUGUCAUCACUGGUGGAGUCAAUGUCAUUGCCACUGUGGUUUCUAUUUACUAUGUUGAUAAAUUGGGAAGGAGAUUCUUGUUCCUUGAAGGUGGAGUUCAAAUGCUCAUUUGCCAAAUAGCAGUGGCAAUUCUGAUAGCUUUAAAGUUUGGAGUUAAUGGAACUCCAGGGGAAUUGCCAAAGUGGUAUGCCAUAGUGGUGGUUAUAUUCAUCUGUGUUUAUGUAGCUGGAUUUGCUUGGUCAUGGGGUCCUCUUGGAUGGCUAGUCCCCAGUGAAAUUUUCCCACUCGAAAUUCGAUCAGCUGCACAGAGUAUCAAUGUCUCAGUGAACAUGAUCUUCACAUUUGCAGUGGCACAAAUUUUCUUGACAAUGUUGUGCCACUUGAAGUUUGGAUUGUUCCUCUUCUUUGCAUUCUUCGUGGUGCUUAUGACCGUUUUCAUUUACUUCUUCUUGCCUGAGACGAAGAAUAUCCCAAUUGAAGAAAUGGUGAUUGUGUGGAAGGAGCAUUGGUUCUGGUGUAAGUUCAUGACUGAGGUGGAUUAUCCUGGUACUAGGAAUGGAACUGGUGUUGAAAUGGCUAAAGGGGGUGAUGGCUACAAAAUUGUAUGACCUAAAGAGUUAGUUUGGGGGUUAAUUUUUAUUGUGCUGUAUAAUGUUGUAGUGGGAUGAUGAUAUUGUUAAUUAGAUUUGAUUGAACUGCUUCUCUUGUCUCAUUUGCAUAGAAAAAUACACAAUCUAAUUUACUCAGUUCAACCUCAACAAAUUAAUAGAAAAUUUGUCAGAUCAAUUUGUGCA